CGUGCAGAGAUACAGGCAAUAACACAAGCAAACAAUGGCGACCGUCGACACGUGUGACGUUGGUUUACAGCAACACAACCUCAUUUCACCAGUCACAUCCGUGAACAGUAAUCCCCUCGCCAAAUUGCUUCAACACCAAACCAAAGAAACGGAAAUUGUUAAGGAAAAGGUGAAGCAAUUGACAAAAUUCAAGGAGGAUUAUGAAGCUCUUAAAGCCAGACUGGAGACGCUGCCUGACAAAGUCUCACACGAAGUCAUGGUGCCUUUUGGAAAGUUGGCUUUCAUACCUGGGAGAGUCAGACACACCAACGAGAUACUUUGCCUGCUGGGUGACAAUUGGUUUGUUGAGAGAUCUGCCAAGCAAGCUGCUCAGAUGGUGGAACGGAGGAUAAAAGGAUGCGAUGAAACUCUCAAAAAGUUUCAUGGGGAGUUGAAAUUGAUGGACGGCUGGUGUGAUCAGACAAAGAAACUCAGACAGGAACUUGACCUCAAUCAAGGAGUCAACAUUGUGGAGACGGAAGAGGAUGAAGGAUGGAGAGAGGAGCACCGCAUCAAAGUCAGGGAAUACAAGCAGAAAAUGGCUUUGCUGAAACAGCAGUCUGCAGAAGAAUCUCAUGAAAGAUCAGAAGAAGAAGAAUUAUGGCGAAGGCUAGACGAGCUGGAGCUAGAAGAGGAGCUGCAGCACGAGUUGGACUUGUUAGGUGUUGGAGAUGGCAGUUACGAGUUGGAAGAGGAGGAUGAAGAGGUGAGCGAAGCAGUGAAAGAGGAGCAAGAAGAAGAAAGUAAAAAGAAGAGCGUCAGAUGGUCAGAGACUCCCGACUCUGUCAAACAGUUUCGCAGAGACGAACUAAUCCUUCCACGGUCGUCUGGUACCACAACCGCCCAAGAAGAAGAGGACGACGACGACAGCCAAGGCACGUUGAAAAUCACCUUUAAACAUUCGCCUGCAUCGUCAUCGUCAGCUGGUUCGAACAAGUCCAAAUUAGCUUCGUUUAUUCCCGUUUCGUCUUCGGUUGGUGCCAAUAGUGGCGAUCCAUCAUCGUCGUCGUCACUAGUAUCGAGCCCGUCUGAACUCUUUCGCAAGUAUAGAAACAGUCAAACAACGACAGACUCUAGUGUUGGCGAGUCGACUGGUGCAGGCCAAAGCGAACCCAAAUCGAUAUUGAAAGUGAAAAAAUCGACGACGCCGGUGAUUGAGAUUGUGCAGCAGCAGCAGCAGCAGCGGAAGGAAGAGGAGGAGAAGCGGCGAGGGCCAGACGGUGGCUCAACUGCAGAUCCAGAUCGGUCCAGUCUUUUACAACAACAACAAACACCGGCCGUUGGUGAUGAGGUCAAGGAGAGAAGAGAAACAGCUUCCUCUUUGGUUGCAACAGCAGAAGGAGAAGACGAAGAAUCUGUCAACACCCACCGACCCGUCAGUCGCUUCAGGGCCGCCCGGAUGAACAAGAAACUCUAAAAAGAAACAUAAAAAUAAAAAAUCUUUCCCCUCUCUACUUCAGAAAAACAAAAUAAUAAUCACAAUCUCGGCCUGCCAUCUAACGGACCUUGGAUAAUGACGGAUGCCUCUUGCAUAGUCCACUUUUCUCUCUUGUGUGUGUUUUUGUGUGUGUGUGUGUGUGUGUGUGUGUGUGUACGUUUUGCUAUGGCAUGAAAAAUGGACGAAAGAAAAUGUUUGGAAAUUGUGUUUGUUUUGUUGUACCAAAUUGUAUUGAGUGCCGAAAUGAAUCGGUACAGCAACGCAAAAUCAACCAAAAUAGACUCACUCUUUUUCACAUUGCAAA